AUGUCGAUUUUACUGCACGAAACCGGUGGUGGCAGCAGUGGCAGCAAAGUGUCAGCAGCUACAGCGACCACCCCAAUCGAGGACAGCAACGACUCGCCGCCUGUCGUUACCGCAGCCGAUCCUGAUCCGACAACUAGCGAGUGCUGUACCGGCAAACGCAAUUACGGGCUCACCUGGGAACAGUGCGUGCUAAUGCUAGCACAAAAAACAGUCCUUGACGAUGGAUACGACGGUGACGGGGAGGAAACCAUUCAGAUGCCACCGGAGAACGGUUACCUUUCCGAAGAGCAAUCCGUUCCGUCCAAAAGCCACUCAGACCAUCAGCAGCAGCAGCACAACAACAAUUUAUUUCCGCUAAAGUGCUGCUGUUCGGCGUGCAUCGUUUCGCGGGAGAUGGUGAUGCAGCUGUACAUCGAAGAUUGCCGGUACAACUCGCUCUGGGACCGAUUGCAGUUGCUGAUGAAGCAGUACUACGAUCUCAUACCGGAGUCGGAGGACAACGCACUGUACAAUGAAUACGUAGAGCUACUGAGUAAAUCGUCGCUGAAGUGGUUCUCGGAUGCACGGUCGAACAAGAAAAACAUAAUCCAAAUGUCACUGGCGUCCAACCUUCCGCUUUCGAACGAGAUGGCCUUCGUGAUGUUGACGAACGUGCUGAGCACGCGGGAUCCGCACCAACUCUUUGAGCUGCUUUGCUUUCAGCUACGCUCGAUCGUACAGGCGUACGGUGUCGGGUUCGAGAGUCUGUUCACCGAGAACCCAAACGACGGUAGCCGGACGUUUAAUGCACCCGAGGUCCUGAACUACAUCGUGAACGGGUACAAGAAGCUGUGCCAGUCAGCGCGAACUGUAACUCCAUUGCUGUUCGAGCUUGAGCAGCGCCAUCUAGCCAAGUUCAAACUCAGCUGGUGGCUGAUCAAUCAGCGGAUCUUCCAGCGGUACUUCUACUACGAGGUGCAAAGCAUCCUGCCCGAAUGCAUGCUCCGGCUGCGAGGUGCGCUACCCGAACGCGAGUAUCAGGAGCAAGUCGGACGGUUUUUGAAGUUCGAUAAGGAAAUGACGGACGUCUCGCUCAGUUGGUCGGAAGUGUGGCCUCUGUUAUAUAACUAUCACCGCGCGGUGGAGGACUGUGAACGGCGAUAUCGCCUCAACCGGGUGCAUUCGUUGCUACAAACGAUUCGAAUGUCAGGGUUCACACCUAAAUCUGCCGCACUAUUCGAUAAGCGUGAAUUUUCUAUGGUCGAUUGCAUGGAUAACACAGACAGGAAGUUUACAUGGGAGUUCGUGGUGCACUGUCUGCAAACGAAAUGGAUUCCCGGCAUUAGGUCGCGCUUAUCGAUGGUGACGGAAAGUGCUAAGUGCGCAACGUGCAAUUUGGCGCUAAACACGCACAAUAUCGAAUGCCGUUGUCAAACAUGCAUCAUCGGCGGUGGAAUAUUUACUUACCGUCCGAAGAAGGAAAUAAACGAACGCUGCUUAAUGUGUUCGUGUGUAACUGCCAAUGGUGCGUCUCAUGAAAAGGAUCAUCAAAAGAUGCUCAAUAUCGAAAGUGAAAACGUUUCUACAAAUGGCCAUUCGCUGCUCGAAUCUGCACUCCGUAUCAACGGCGAACCAAGAAAACAAAAUGGUUUUACAAGCACUUCGCCAUUGAUUGGGAGCAAAUCUCGAAAAGAGGACAACCAGGACAACGAUACGUUAGAGGAUUGCAUUCCACUCGGGACUGCCACGAACGGUGACCAAGAGCUGUACCAUAUAGCGUGGGCCGUUUUUAAACAUCUACCCGAUCGGAUACCGUACAAGUGGGACACCCUGGAACCUUACCAUAUCUGCUCCUUUCAGGCCGAACCCUGUAGCGUUAUUGCGUGUCGUGUGGCGAUGAACGUCGUCGCUAUGCAGUACCCAACGAAUAUGUCCCGAUUGUUGAUCGAAUCGUACCAACCAGUGGGUGAAAAAUCACGCCGCAUCAUGGCCGACAACUGGAACGCGAAGGCUCGGAAUUCUCUGCGCAAGUUCUGCGACAACGUAAACAAACGAUGGCACGAAGAAAUUGAUGAUCAAAUACAUCCGCUUCAGUUUAUCGACAUGUUCUGGUCACCGCAGAAUUCGACCGUAAACCUGUCCAAGACCCGCGCGUCUGAGCUGGCCGAGUGGUUUAUGUUCGACACGCAGAUUCCCAAGCGCAACGUUUUCUAUCAGUAUUUCACAAAAUUCUUCCUGCUCCAGGCGCACGAUAUCGAGCUUGACUUGAAACGGUUCAAGCAAGAGCGCGAAUUGUCGGAACCGUCGAACCGCAUGUGCGAUAGUGUGGUGCAAAAGCACGACCCAGACGUGAACAUCCUUGAAGCAUGUCCGAUGCCACUGUUGUCCUCGGCGACGUCGUCCACCUCGUCCUCAUCGUCGUCCUCGUCGUCGUCGUGCCUGUCCAGCUCGAGCUCUCCGUCGUGUUCGGCGUGUUCGCUUUCUACCGUGCCUGCUGCGUCGCCGGUGGUGGCUGCGGCAGCUGCUGCUGCAGCGGCUUCGUCACCGCAUGAGCCGCCGAUCGAAUUGUGUGACUCCGGCAUAGGGAUUAACACAAUCGGCGAAUGUAGCUGCACAUGCAAUCGCUGCGUAGUUGAGCUGUUAGCCAUGUCCGAAAAGCUCUCGAAGAAGCUCGAUACACCAAGAGGAGACAUGUGGACGCAGCGCACUAACAUGCUUGAGAAAGAGCUCAAAGCGCUUCUGAAGGAACGAAAUAUGCUACAAGAGAUGAAGCGAGAAAUGCACGAUCAACACCAUGCAAUAGACAUAAAAAUGAUCUCGAGCAACGGAGUGAAACCAGCGAACGACGAAGCAAAUGCUAUGAUUUCUGCAUCGGAAGUGUCGAAAGAUGUUCUGAAUGUUAUGAUAGACCUAUCAGAUCCUUCGACCAUCGUCUUAACAGAAUUGAUGCGUGAGGAAGUAUUGCCUGUUGUUGCUUCUAUCCCCGACAAUGAAGAAAAACCAAUGGCAGAAGCCAGUGAUAGUAAUUUACCAGAGGUAAGCAAGCCGCUAACAGAAGAUGUUGGUACGCUGUCUUGCCAGGAGAAACAUGUGGACACUUCUUCGUCAAUUUUACCUGCGAGCGUAACCGUAGCUCCAUCUAAAUCACAACUAAACGAAAGCCAUGCGAAUGUGGUAUCAAAAACGCCGAAUUCGAUUAUUUCCCAACGACCGAUAGAUCUGCAAACGCCAGUCAAACUGUCGGCCUUUGCCAAAAUGGCAGCAAGCAAGAUACCGACCGCUCAAAGUGAUGCUACCGCAAAACCAUCGCCCAACCGCGUUGCGGCGCCAGCGACUUCUGUCGUGCCAAAGCCAAAACAAACGGCUGGCGUUAGCCAAUGCAGCAACGUGCACCGUCCAGCACCGCCAACGGUGACGACGGCUCAAGCGAACAAUGCUAGUAAACUUUGCCCCUGCGGCAUUCCUUCGCAUGCUUCCGCUGUGAAGGGUGCCCCUGGUACGAAGACUAAACUGGGAACCUGCACGGGCCCAGCGGGACACGUUGCCGGUGCCACCCACACGAAGGAGGAUCACAAGAAGUCCUGCCACCGCAAUGGGGGCGCUGCCGGAGCUGCCGCUGGUGAUAAGGCGGAAGGAUCCUGUGUUUGUUACUAUUGUACACUUUUCGGGCAGAGUGUAUGUUUAGAAUGUAAUCACAAUCAACGUACAAACGAAACUCGAGAAAAGCUACGCAAGAAGCUGCAGAUGAAAAAUGACAAAAUCUUCAAUGAGGCAAUGGAAAAGCAAAGACAGCUGAUGCAGAAGAAUAGCUCCACUAGUUCGACUCCGGUGGAGAAAGUAACUAAACCGCCAUCUACAAGUGCUGUUGCAAACGGAAGUGCCGCUGUUGUCGCACCAGAAUCAGCCAGCAAGCCGUGUAAUGCAAGCAACAAAACUGUGCAGGCAACUGGUAGCCCUAGCCUCAAGCCGGCUCCGGCAGUCGAUAAAGCCGGUAAAAAAGCGUCAAAGUCGGCUUCCGUUGCGACGCCUGGCAAUGUUCGUUACGAUCAGUCCAUCGACGAUCUGUUGCGGUAUAUUGAGGGUGAUGGUAGUGGCUCAACGGACUCGAACGCCGGUAAAGCAAAUGGCAAGUCUAGUCGCAUCAACCCGGCGGAAAAAAUCUCCCCGAAAAAUCCCUCAGGUGCGGUAGCUCCUACGUUGCCUGCCACCACACCCAUAAAGACAAGCGGGACGGCGUCGGCCGUCGAAAAGGAAUCGGAUACGAUAAAGAAGGCAAAGCUGAAUGAAAAUCUGAAACUGAUCAGUGAGCUAGAUUUUCUGCGAGAAGUAUUCUACGAUUGUCAGAAGCAAGAACAGCAGGCCGAACAGUUGCUACAAAAUGGGUCGUUUCUAACCAAGAAAGAGCGGAAAGAACUGCAAGCCAAUAUACAAGCAUAUCGCCAGAAAAAGAACGACAUGCACGCUGGCAUCAACGUGCUGGUGAGUAAUAUACGAUGCGAAAUACCUGAAUAUCCGUUUAAGCUAGAUGCACUCUCAACACCGCCAUCAUGCUGCCCACCUGCGCAGCACCAGCAACACAAACAACCGACGCCUUCUGUUGCUAGGGAACCCGACCAUGCUGGUAUGAGGGCACCGUCAGGUGUCAUGCCGCCUCCUCCGCCUUCAACCUUAAGUGGUGCAGGCAAAGCGUCCAGCAACGUUCGCCAUGCGUCCACGCCUGCCAAACCACCAGAAACGAUGGAUCUCUUUCAGCAGGAAAACCAGCAUGAUCAAAUGCUUCAGCAGCGUCUUCAACAGAUGGAACAGCAAAAAACCGCUCAUGGCGAUCCGGCAUCUCGCCAAAUGGUCACGAUAAAGCGUACGUUCCUGCCGCAUACUGAACCUCAGGUGACAGUCACAGCUAAGGGCGAGUCUCCUGAGCAGGACCAAAUUUUGUACACUUUCGUUAACGGCCAGAUGGUGCCUAUAAACGGGCCUGCCGGUGUCGGUGAUAUUCUUCACCAUCGCCAUUACCAGCAGCCGCAAUGGUCCAAAGUAACGGCCAAUGGAGAUUGUGAUAAAACAAACCCGCCAAGUGCACCCAACAGCAAUUUUGAAUGUAUGUUGCAAAAGUUCGGCGAUCCGUUGGUAGAGUUUAGUCCGCAAGAGCAACGCAUCAUGCAGCAAUACUUUGAACAGUUCCUAGCAGCCGACGAACCUACCCCAAACAGGCGAUCGUCGCGGUCGAAGAAAAAAUCAUCAAACGCCGUCGAGCAACAGCUAAAGCAGGCACUUUCGUACAAUGAGCUGAUACAGGAUCGGGUGAUGCGUAAGAGCGAGCAGCUCAUACAUAAUCUGCAGAACGACCGUAAGGGUAAUCCGGAGAUACUAACGUUUGCACAUGAGAUGCAAAAAGCUCUACUAGAAAUACAAAAGCAACCGAAAGGAUCCGCCGAAGACGACGGAGGAGGUGUGUGCAAAGGUACCGUCCACGAAGCGCCUCGAACCACAAAAAAGGAACCGACGAAGACAACGGUUCCGUCCGACAGUACCGACCGGGCGGGAGGCAAAGCAAAAAUCACUGCUUCUGCACACGUUGAAUCAGGCAAAGGAAAGAAGAAAAGAGAACGGAAAACGGACAAACUGAAGGAUGAAAUCGAAGAAAUUGUGGCGCGUCUAAAUCUGUUAGACAGCGACGAAGAGGAAUCCAAGCCGGCGGUUAAGCGGAAGCAAAAGGCUGCAACUGACACGAAAGCUCUCAAUCGCAAGCAAAGCAAAGAUUCUAUCGUGUCUGGCAGUAGUGGAAGCGGUUGCGGUGUUAAGCAGCAGCCAAAAUCGCAAGCGAAGCAGCAACCACCAGUGCAACAGCAGCAGCAGCGGCAGUCAUCGGCGCGCACUGUGGAAGGAAAGCAGCAACCCUCGCAAGAGUCUCAGUCGAAGAAAAAAGAAAAAUCAACAGAAGUGAAGCAAAAAGACACGAAAGCAAAAAGUAGUAAAUGUGAUCCUGUCGCACGGUCGAGCCAAGAAAAUGGGAAAGCCCAGCAACAGAAACAGCAUCUCACUACCGUCGAUGCUGUAGCGACAAAGGACGAACCGGUGGAAAACCCCGUUGUUCGCAAGAAGCCUUCCAAAACCUUCAUCGAUCCCGAAUUCGAUAACAAUGCGUUCCGAUUGCUCAAUUUGGAUGAAUCGGAAUCUGAAGCGGAUGAGGAAGACAACACGCCAGAACCCUCGCUAAAGGUUGAAAGCACACCAAGCCCAGAGGUCGUCCACGAUCCAAAGAAGCUGCACGAGUCGUGCAAGGAUACGGUACAGGCGUUGAAAGACCCCCAGUCAAGUGCUCCCGUGGCUGGGCAGCAGCGACACGACAAAGCCAAAUCGCCACCCACAUCCGGUGGAGCUGGUGGGGCAAAGGUUUCAUCUGAGAAGGAGAGAAAAGGUUCCCAAAAGAAACCAGCCAAGCAGGAGCGGGAUUCGAAUCAACCGUCGUCCGGUGGUUCGUCAUCCACCGCGGCUAAGCAGCAGAAGCGCGACGCCGACGCCCCGUCAGGGAAAGCCACUGUUCCGGCAGGGAAUGAUCCGGCAGCACCGCCAAAGAAGUUAACUCCGGCGCAAGCUAUGGUGGAAAAAAUCAGUGCCUUGUUGGAUAGUCCGGGUCUGUCGAAUCGGCAGCGCAAACAAAUGAUACGCCAGCUGGAGCAAGCUCAGGCCACGAUCCAAACGCAGCUGCUACAAAAUGCGGCCAAGGCGGCAAAGGCCAAGGUACAGGCGCAGGCUCAGCAAGAGAAGGCCCUUAAUCAAAAGGUCAGCAGCACAUCUAGCACGACCCCCAAGCCGACCAGUGCGGCGGGAGUUUCGCAAAAGCCCCGGUCGAGUAACGUCGGUGCUGCAGCAGUACCCAGCAGAAGCGACGGUAGGGCUCCUACGCCGAGCGGAAGCGUUGGAAUGGGCAGCAGUCUAAUGGAGCAGUUGAGAAGGGGCAUUCGUGCCGAGGUGUUAGAUCUUCCACCGGGGAUCACACUGACCAGGCUUGACGCCAUACAAUCGGAAGCGUUACGUUUGAAGCGGGAAUCGAUUCCAAUGAAAACGUUGACGCCCCCGGUGGACAGUACACCACCAGGGGGAGCCUUUGGUGGCGGCAACCCGAUGAAUCCAGGUAUGUUCGUUGUGAAUCCGAUGUCCCCGAUACCCGCGCCCGGUCAGGAAUCGGUGAUUAUGGUUAACACCGGUAAGCUGCGGGGCAAGGAACAGUCAUACCCUGACAGUCAAAGUGGUGGUGAUCGGAAAAAGCGCAACAAACGUCGGAACAAAAAUAAAACCAAGGAUGCGGAAGCGAACGGAUCGCAUGCUGCAACCACCGUUCCGGCUUCGGCGGUGAGUGCUGCGAUCGGGAUCAAACAGCGAGGGGACGGAGGAAACAUUGUGACGCUGCGCAAUCCCAUGUUCCACGGUGGCUCCGGGAUGGCCACUGGAGAACCGAUGCGUUCUGUACCCGGUGCGCCCGUGAUGCCGGACGUGCAGGGAGCGCGAAUGACACUCGGGUACGAUCAACCCGCGACCAUCUUCAAGAACGACAACGGAAUGUUCACGAUACGCAAUCCGGCCCUCCACCAUGCGCUGUCCGGUGGUGCGCCUCCGGAAGCGACCGGAUUCCGCCCGUUCAACGCCGCCUAUCUCGUAGAGAACGGCAUCAUGGCACCGUCUGGGAGCCCGCUUCAAGCGAACGGAGUCACACCGAUGGUCACGGCGGCCGUGUCGGCCGGUUCCGGAACAACGCCGCUACACGGAACCAACCACAUGCCGGCGUACUUACAGCACUACCAAUCGCCCGUCCUGGACGACGGUUUAGAACCGCGUAAGUGCAAAUCCGUCAUCGGCAGCGAGAUGAAGAACGCACAAAAGCAGAAGCAACACUCACUGCAGCAGGGCGCUGCGGUUGGCCAGUCGGGUGCGAGAAGCUGGAACGGAGCGACAGUCCCCGGACACGAUCUCUUUGCCACGGGUUCGCCCUCGUCCGCGAUUGGUGAUGGAAUGGGCGGUCGUGGUGAACCGAAUUAUUCGGGUUUCAACCACUACGGCUUGACCGGACAAGAGCUGCUCCACUCGGGACCGGUAGCUCCGGCAGGUUACGGCGGUGGUUCCAUGUUGGGGUCGUCUGGGUAUUACCCGGGCACGUCCGGCAGUGGAGCAAACAUACCCAAGGGAGCGGCCAGUCCGCACAUGGGCCCAGAACGGCCGCACGGAUUGUCGUAUCUGGGUGGUGUGGACGCAACCGGAUGUGCAGGCAGCUUGGCGACGCACUGCUGCGACGAUGAUGGCCCACCGGGCGCCUAUUUUAACGGUGGCGGUCUUGGAGGGCUUACUCCGUCGGGCAUGAGUGCCAUGAACCGGUACGAUGAUCUUGCCUUUCUGCAAAACCUACAGCCAGGUCAGCGGCUCAACAGCGAGGUUACCAUACAUAGCAUUAAUGAGUCUAAGAUGCGACGGCAACAGGCGCAGAGCUAUGCACACGACAUUCAAAUCACACCUAUACCGGCACCGACUUCGCCUGGCAACGCCACCACCGGCUGUCAAGCGAUGGCGGCAGGAUCAACAGCGUCCGGGUCUAUGUCCUUGCAGCACAUGAUGCACGCCGCGAAGCAUCACACGCAUCGGCAGCAGCAGGUUCCGCGGGACAAUCAGCUGCACAUGGCCGAACUCAGCCCCAGCUCCGGUUCGGUUGGUUCCGGGAGCGGAUCGAUAACGGGGGCCGGCAGGGCGCUUAACGAUUUCUUAGAGAGCAGGGCUUCGGGUGGCAGCAGUUCGUCCAUUUCUGCCGACUUUCUAGCUACUUCCUUGGAACUGGACACCAAAAAUUACCUGCACGACUAUCAACUGGGACAGCUGGAGCAACAGAUGCAUGAUUUGCAGUUGCAAUCUCAACAACAGCAGCAGCAGCUAUCGGACGAUUAUCGAGAUCACUUAUACGCGCCAAAGCAACCGGUAAGCAUGGGCGAACUAGAUACGAGUGAGUACUUCUUCCCUGCACCAUCCGGCAGCGGCAGAGGUAGCAGCAACAGUAGUAGCAACAACAAUAACAGCAGAACCGCUAAGCCGAUCGGAACAUCCGCGAUGUCUACGGCUCAUUCAGCAUCUUCGAUCGAUGCCGCGAGUGAUGCUGUCGAUGUGUCCGCGGAAGAAUGCAACCCCGGGGGUGUGAGCAUCGGUGGCGAAGAGCUGCAACGACCUCAGCAACCACCGAUCGGAACGCCCUCCUACAAGAACCAUCAGCAGCAGCAGCAGCGGUUGCAGCAAAACGAAACACCCGGCGCAAUCAUGUACCCGGCCACAGCGGACAGUCCGGCCUCGUCGGUGUCCGUGUUCGAUGGUAUCUCUUCCUCGCUGAGCAGUCAGGCACAUUCGUUCGACGAUCUGUGCUCGGGUUUGCCAACGUCGUCCUCACCACCGAGCUCGAUCUUCGGUGGCAAUGGGGGGGCUGUGUGUGGUGUAAAUUUAAACGCGCACCUUAACAUCCACCAAGUGCCGCACGUUCCGAACGACCGGCCAAAGUCGGGCUCGAUGUCGAUGCUUUCGAGUGGAGUGGUGGAUCACAGCACCAUGCGUGACAGUCCGACGGGUGUGAGCAAUUAG